AUGAAUAAAAUUGACAUUAACCCUGAUCGUCCACUUUUGGUUGGACCCGAGACCCCCACAAAGCCUUUUCCCUUUUCUUUGCAAGGAACUGUUGUUAAAGGCUAUGGCAGAGGCUCAAAGCAACUAGGCAUUCCUACUGCAAACUUGUCCGAUGAGGCGAUUAGUGCUCUUGUUUCCGGGCUUGAGACUGGCGUCUAUUAUGGCUGGACACAGAUUGGCGAAAGUAAAAGUCAAGUAUACCCCAUGGUGAUGAGUUUGGGUUGGAAUCCUUAUUUCCAGAAUGAAAAGAGAUCAGCAGAAGUCCAUAUAAUUCAUGAAUUUCCCGAGGAUUUCUAUGAUGCGCCUAUUCGUGUAUUAGUAUUAGGGUUUAUAAGACCGGAACAGAACUAUCCUUCACUUGCUUCCUUGAUUACAGACAUCAAAACCGAUGUAGAAGUAGCAAAGCACUCAUUGAAAAGGAAAGCUUAUAUGGAGCAAAAGAAUCACGCAUUAUUUUUUUAG